GAGGACCACCUCGACCCGCAGUGGAUGCGCUGCUGGACGAAGCAGCUCGGCCUCAUCCGCACGCUUUGGCUCCGCAGCGCGGCGCUGAAGAAACUGCGCGACACAAUCAGCAUCGCGGCCAAAUCCUGCAUCCGCAUCAAAAAGAUAGCAUGUUUUGGGCUUGGCGAUUUCCGCACGUACGAAAGCGGUAGCUUUGGGAAUAGCUUGCAGUACUGCGUUGUGUUCAGUAUUGCGGGUGCGCUCAACGCUAUCUACGCGGCGCAAGACGCUGGUGCUGAGCCGGUGCAAUUGUUCUUCCAGGACCCUUGCUACUCGGAGAAAGACCGUCUGUUGAUCGAGGGAGCAGGGUACAAGGGCAAAAUCACGCUGGUGCAGAAUCCUGAUGGAUUCUUGCAGGUCGAUCAGCAUACGCUGGUUGUUGGUGCGUAUUUGCCUGUCAGCGUGCCGUUGGUGCAGAUUUGCACUGAAGUGGCGGGGAAGGGCGGGCCUGCGGGCUUUAUUGUCGACAAGAUGGUGCUGGAUAAGGAGAAGAAGCACUUUACUCUUGGAGAUCGGGCUAGUAUGAGGGUG